AUGAGAUAUCCAUCAUUUAGCCUCCUUAGAGAAUACAACAUUCUGUUCAUAAGAGGCUUCAUGGUUUUGUUCCUCAGUUGCUUAACCAUUAGGCUUAAUUUCUGUAUUUCCAGCAUACCUUCUUCACUCAAAGCACUUCCCUUGGAGGGACACUUCAGUUUUGAAGAAGUUGACCUUAAACAUGCAGCCAGGGACUUUGGGAACAGGUACCAGUCUCACCCCAUGGCAGUGCUGCAUCCAAAAUCAGUUUCUGACAUUGCAGACACCAUAAGGCAUAUAUGGAACUUGGGGCCUAGCUCUCAGCUCACUGUUGCAGCUAGGGGCCAUGGCCACUCACUCCAGGGCCAAGCACAGUCUCAUGGAGGAGUUGUGAUCAACAUGGAGUCACUCAAUGCCCCAGAAAUGCAGGUGUAUACAGGAGAAUCUCCUUAUGUGGAUGUCUCAGGAGGGGAAUUGUGGAUAAACAUCUUGCAUGAGACACUAAGGUAUGGAUUGACACCAAGAUCAUGGACAGACUACUUACAUCUCACUGUUGGUGGCACUUUAUCCAACGCUGGUGUAAGUGGCCAGGCAUUUAGGCAUGGUCCGCAGAUAAGUAACGUUCAGAAGCUGGAGAUUGUUACAGGAACUGGAGAGGUGGUAAACUGUUCUGAGAAGCAGAAUGAUGACCUCUUUCACAGUGUACUUGGAGGGCUAGGUCAGUUUGGCAUUAUAACAAGAGCAAGAAUAUUCCUGGAACCAGCACCCACCAUGGUAAAAUGGAUCAAGGUGCUGUAUACAGAUUUCACAGCAUUCACUAGAGACCAAGAGCAACUAAUAUUUGCAGAAAAAGCUUUUGAUUAUGUUGAAGGAUUUGUGAUAAUAAACAGAACUGGUCUGCUAAAUAACUGGAGAUCAUCCUUCAACCCGCAAGACCCAGUUCAAGCCAGCAAGUUCAAGUCAGAUGGAAGAACUCUCUUCUGCCUGGAAUUGGCCAAAUACUACAAUCUGGAAGAAACCCUCGUAGUGAAUCAGGAAGUUCAGAAACAUUUGUCCCACUUGAACUAUAUCCCAUCAACACUUUUCCUAACAGAAGUCACAUAUGUAGACUUUCUAGACAGGGUGCAUAUCUCAGAGGUCAAGUUGCGUUCCAAAGGCUUGUGGGAUGUUCCACACCCCUGGCUCAAUCUAUUCAUACCCAAAACCAAAAUACACCAUUUUGCAGAGGUUGUCUUCGGGAACAUCGUAACAGAAACUACCAACGGCCCUGUCCUUAUCUACCCAGUAAAUAAAUCAAAAUGGGACAACAGAACUUCUGUUGUUAUGCCAGAGGAAGAUAUUUUCUACUUGGUGGCAUUUCUUGCCUCUGCAGUGCCCUCUUCCAACGGUUCUGAUGGGCUUGAACACAUUUUGAGUCAGAACAAAAAAAUUUUAGAGUACUGUGAAAGAGCUCAUCUAGGGGUAAAGCAAUAUUUGCCUCACUACACUACACAGGAAGCAUGGAGGGUUCACUUUGGUUCCCAAUGGGAGAUUUUCCAGCAAAGAAAAUCUGUUUAUGACCCUUUGGCUUUACUUGCCCCUGGCCAACAAAUUUUUCAUAAAUCAAUAACCUUCUCAUGA